AAAAAAUCAAGGAAUAAAAAAGUGCAAAAAUUUACCAAAAGAUUUUAUCAAAAUUGCCGACCUAAUUUUUUAAAAUAAUGAAAAUGUUAGUUCCACCAGAAAUGCACGCGACACAAUCGAAAAUGAUUUAUCAAAUGAAUAAAUACUGUACAGAUCGUGUUCAGACGCGUAAGUUGCAAAUACACAAGACCAUAAUUGAAGUGUGUCGUGUUGUGCAAGAUGUUUUAAAAGAAGUUGAAGUACAAGAACCUCGUUUCAUAUCAUCAUUAAAUGAUUAUAAUGGCCGAUACGAAGGAUUGGAAGUUGUUUCACCGACGGAAUUUGAAAUUAUCAUUUAUCUUAAUCAAAUGGGAGUUUUAAAUUUUGUCGACGAUGGCACUCUGCCUGGAUGUGCUGUCCUUAAGCUUAGUGAUGGACGAAAACGAUCAAUGUCAUUGUGGGUUGAAUUUAUCACUGCAUCCGGUUAUCUCUCAGCUAGAAAAAUUCGAUCACGUUUUCAAACACUCGUUGCUCAGGCUGUUGAUAAAUGUGCAUAUCGCGAUUGUGUUAAAAUGAUUGCAGAUACAACAGAAGUAAAAUUAAGAAUAAGAGAAAGACUGAUUGUACAGAUUACUCCAGCAUUUAAAUGUGCCGGAUUAUGGCCUAGAUCAGCUGCACAUUGGCCAUUACCACAAAUUCCAUGGCCUCAUCCAAAUAUCGUUGCAGAAGUUAAGACUGAAGGAUUUGAUAUGCUGUCAAAAGAAUGUGUAGCACUUCAAGGCAAAAAUAGUGCUAUGGAAGGAGAUGCUUGGGUCUUGUCAUUCAAUGAAGCAGAAAAUCGAUUGCUACAAGGUGGAUUUCGCAAGCGAUGUUUAAGUAUAUUAAAAACACUCAGGGAUAGACAUCUUGAUUUACCUGGAAAUCCCGUCACAACGUAUGUAAUGAAAACUCUCUUAUUAUAUGAAUGUGAAAAGCAUCCACGUGAAAUGGAAUGGGAUGAAAGUUCCAUUGGUGAUCGAAUUAAUGGCAUAUUCCUUCAACUUAUCUCAUGCUUACAAUGUCGUCGCUGUCCACACUACUUCCUUCCUAAUAUGGAUUUAUUCAAAGGAAAAUCACCCGGUGCUCUUGAAAAUGCCUCCAAGCAAGUAUGGAGAUUAACAAGAAUCAUGCUAACUAGCUCAAGAUGUCUUGAGGAAUUAUAAAGAAGAACCCGAAAAGAGAAAAAAAAAUAUUUUGUGAAUAGUAAAAAUUUUGUUAAGUGAGACAUCAUGGGAAAUAUUAAAUAGAUAAAAGGGAUUAAAAAAUCAUUAAGUGAUGAAAAUGAGUGUGAAAUCAAAUUCAGACCCUCACAGAUUGGAUGGAAUAUAGUGAAAAUGAAAAUAAUUUUUCGGAUUAACAUGAAAUUAUUUUUUGUGAUUUUAAUAUUUAAUAAUUUAUGACAAAAUCAUAGUGUAAGUGAUUAUAAAGCUAUUUAUACUAGAUCUAUAUAAAUUUUAUGAAACAAAAAAAAGGUCCAUGCUCAAAAUUCAAAAUAAAUUGUACUGCAUCUCGAGUUAUGUGCCAAAACCCC